AUGAAGACUUGGAGGCCCUGCAGAAGCAGAGGCUGGGUGAACUGCAGGCACUCUUGUAGCGACCCAGCACAACAGGAGGCAAAACACAGGGAAGCAGAGAUAAGAAACAAUAUUUUAGCUCAAGUUCUGGAUCAGUCAGCACCACCUGUAAAGCCAGAAAAGGCCAAAGCAGUAGAAAACUACCUCAUACAGAUGGCAAGAUAUGGACAGCUGAAUGGAAAGGUAUCAGAGCAAGGAUUGAUAGAAAUUCUUGAAAAAGUAAGCCAGCAAACAGAAAAGAAAAUAACAGUUAAGUUCAACAGGAAAAAAAGUACUGGAUUCUGA